AUGCAGUUCAAUCUCCAAGGGUCUAACAUUGGAGGUCACCGGCAAUCACCAAAACUUCCUAGUCAUCCUCUCCAUCUGCAGCUUUUGUCUAAGAAAGAUUGUAAUGUUACUGUUUUGAGUGAUUUUAAGUAUAAACGCAUUGAUGGAGAAUGGAUUUUGAAAACAGAUCUUGUUUCUGUAACUUGGCAUUCAAGCAAAGGUGUGAGAGAUGGAUUGCGUGAUGAAAUUGUUUCAGCACUUUGUAAGGAUGUUGAAGGACUGAAUUCAUCAACAAUAAAAACAAAAUCAUCUUAUUUUUAUGGAAAAUUGAUUGCAAGAGCUGCAAGACUUGCAUUGAUAGCGGAAGAGGUUUGUUUCCUUGAUGUGAUUCCAAAAGUUAGAAAGUAUUUGAAGGAAACCAUUGAGCCUUGGCUUGAUGGAACUUUUAAUGGAAAUGGAUUUCUUUAUGAUAAAAAAUGGGGAGAUAUUGUAACCAAACAUGGUUCUACAAAUGCCGGUGCUGAUUUUGGGUUCGGAGUUUAUAAUGAUCAUCAUUAUCAUUUAGGAUACUUUCUCUAUGGAAUUGCAGUGCUUGCUAAGAUUGAUCCUAUUUGGGGUAGAAAGUAUAAGUCUCAAGCCUAUUCUGUCAUGGCUGAUUUUAUGAAUCUGAGCAGAAAUUCAAACCCUAGUUAUUACACGCAUCUAAGGUGUUUCGAUCUGUAUAAAUUACACUCUUGGGCUGGAGGGCUAACAGAAUUCACUGAUGGAAGAAAUCAAGAGAGUACCAGUGAAGCUGGAUGCUUAUUAUGCGCAGCCUUGAUGGGAAUGGCAUACGACGAUGCAGAACUCGCAGCGACUGCAUCGACACUUGCAUCAUUUGAAAUUCUUGCUGCUAAAAUGUGGUGGCAUGUAAAAGAAGGAGGGAAUAUGUAUGAGAAAGUGUUUAGUAAAAACAAUAAGAUAAUUGGUGUACUUUGGUCGAACAAAAGAGACAGUGGUUUAUGGUUUGGUCCAGCUGAAUGGAAAGAAUGUAGGCUUGGGAUUCAGCUCUUACCAUUGCUUCCAAUUUCUGAAGUCUUGUUCUCUGAUGUUAUGUAUGUGAAGGGACUUGUGGAGUGGACAUUACCUGCUUUAAAAAGGGAUGGUGUUGAAGAGGGUUGGAAGGGGUUUGUUUAUGCCUUGCAAGGGAUUUAUGAUAAUGAAAGUGCACAGCAGAAGAUAAGAAAGUUGAAGGGUUUUGAUGAUGGAAACUCAUUGACUAAUCUAUUAUGGUGGAUGAUUUCACUAAGUGAGCAAUGA